AUGACUGCAAUCAUAUCUCAAUCCUCACACUUUGUUGAUGUUGGCACGCAAACAGACACGCACUUCUGUACCAUCAGUCACCUCCUUGAGCUUGUGGACAAGGCUGUGUCGACAGAGGAGGACCCAGGAGUUAGUAGUCUCCAAGUUGACGCUGGGUGGAAGAGCCUCGAUGGCAUUCCUUGUAUCAUGGGUGGCAUAACGGCCCUUGUUGCAUCUGUUGGUGGCACCUUGCGUGGGCGUACCUCGAACGACUUCCCUUGGAAAACUCUACCCAAGGAGCUAGCUCGGCUCGGAUGUCGCCUCGUCAACUACCCUGAUGAUACUUUGAUGCCCGGCGAGAUUCGACCUACACUCAUUCGGAGCAAAGGCAUACAUGAUCUGACCCUUCCUCAUCGGGUUAAUCUUGUCAAUGCACUCAAGAUGGGCACCCUCACUAUACAAGCCAUGACAAAUGAUACUGCUCGCAAACGCCUUACAAUGUCCUGGGACCCAGUCAUUAUCGCAGAGGCACCCUCAUAUCGAUCAAACCACUCCCGCGCGCGACGUGUGUUUGCUAAUGGUGACAUUGACUUCAGGGGGCCUCGCCGUCUUUGCCUCUCCCCCUUCUACCACCUUCCACUCGUCCCUCUACACCUUCCAAUCGUCCCUCUACACCUCCUAGUCGUCUUUCUACAUCUGCUGCUCGUCCUCCAGCAUGUGCUGCGCGUCCUCACACACCUGCUGUGCGUCCUCAUGCACCUGCUGCUCGUCCCUCCUGCACCUGCUGCUCGUCCUGCUAUACACCCUACUCGUCGUACUCAGGUUUUUGUAGAGAUAUCACGCCCACCACCCCGGCCAGCUUCUAGGGCAAUACCAUCAUCCACUGCUCGCACCAUAUCACGCCCGCUACUCCGAAUUACACUUUGGUUGCCAGCUCACGCAUUUCAUUUCAACCCUCUCGAGCAUCCCGAGAGCCUCGCUCGCACCCCUCUUGGUUACCUUGCCAGAUGGGCCUAUUCAAAUAUCUUCUCAAAUCAGCCUCAUAAAUAUGAAGGCGCUGUAGGUUUUUUUCUGCCCCUUCUGAUUUCCCAUCUGAUAUACUCUUGCGCAAACCGCCCAAUAGACGGUCUGCAAAAAUUGGCAUCUACUGCACAUAGUACGAACAUGACGCAAAACAUCCCCGAUAACCCAUCAUCUCCUCACCCGAGUUACAUGGGUCUUACUGAUACCUUCGAGUACAUGCAAGAGCAGUUUGGUGGUGGCCGUCGUAACCCAUCACCACCCCGUGAGCUGACUCCUUCGCGACUCAGGAGUAAGCUCAAGGCUACAGAGCGGGAUGCCGGCCUUGUCAAAGGUGCAUCUACCCGCCGCCAGGCUUAUCAACGCCUCGCUGUGGAAGGGCAAGAUCCUGCACCUAACUUACCUCAUGCGGUGCCGGCUGCUAUCUCGACAAGCGAAACAUCAUCGUCAAUGCUCCAUGUGGGUAGUAGUCGCCAUGCCUCACCCUUUCCUGCCCCACACGCUCCUGAACAGCUCCAGGAUGUGUUUUUUGGUUCCAUGAACCAGCCACACGCCUGGAUGGAUCCCAACUCUUCGGAUACCUUUAGCAUGAUGGGGUCCGAAUCUUAUUUAUCUGGAGGAUCGCAAAAUCACUUCGUCCCCCAGGAUAUGGACCGCCUAGCACCUCCGCCAAGUUACACUUUUCCUGCGAGUUCAUCGGGUUUGACCUCUCGUGGAUGCUCGCUAGAUCCUCAUGCUACAGGCCAAACCCAUUCUGGAUUGACUGAGGAUCUUGCUGGCAAAGUCUCACCAUUCGUCCUUCAGCCAGUUCCGUCAUCAGUCUCAUGA